CGGGCCGGGAGCAGUUAAUUCGGUGCGGGGUUUAUAUAUGGGCAUAGCCUCGGGAUUCCUGGCGAUCCUGGGCUCUGACGUGAACUCGGAGCAGCCGUCGCUUUAUUAAAAAGUGCGGCUGGGCUGGGAGCGCUAUCAUUCGGCGAGAGAGAGCCGAGGAGAGUAGCCUUCGGGCGGUGUGGGCAGCGCCGAGAAGAGGUAAACGCGGACGCCUCCACUGACGGCAGCGGAUUCGAGUACUCUUCGCAAAGUUUGGGCAAAGUUUUAGAGACCGGUUCCCACCACUGCGAUGGAUCAUCACGGACUAACCACCAACGGUCAGGACGACUCCGAGAUGCCAGCAACCGAGAAGGACCUGGCGGAGGACGCGCCUUGGAAGAAGAUCCAGCAGAACACGUUCACCCGUUGGUGUAAUGAGCACCUCAAAUGCGUGAACAAGCGGAUCGGUGACUUGCAGAAGGACCUCAGCGACGGUCUGAGGCUGAUCGCCCUCCUUGAGGUCCUGAGCCAGAAGAAGAUGUACAGAAAGUACCACUCGCGGCCCAACUUCCGUCAGAUGAAGCUGGAGAACGUGUCGGUGGCCCUGGAGUUCCUGGACAGAGAGAGGAUUAAACUAGUCUCUAUCGACAGCAAGGCUAUUGUGGAUGGGAACCUGAAGCUUAUCUUGGGUCUGAUCUGGACUCUGAUCCUCCAUUAUUCUAUCUCUAUGCCCAUGUGGGAGGAUGAGGAUGAGGAAGAUAUCAAGAAGCAGACUCCCAAGCAGAGGUUGUUGGGAUGGAUCCAGAAUAAGAUCCCACAGCUGCCCAUCACCAACUUUAACCGGGACUGGCAGGAUGGCAAGGCGCUGGGUGCCCUGGUUGACAACUGUGCACCAGGUCUGUGCCCCGACUGGCAGGAUUGGGACCCAAAUCAGCCCGUGGGCAAUGCCCGGGAGGCCAUGCAGCAAGCUGACGAUUGGCUGGGGGUUCCUCAGGUAAUUGCCCCUGAGGAGAUUGUGGACCCCAAUGUAGAUGAGCACUCGGUGAUGACCUAUCUCUCGCAGUUCCCAAAGGCAAAGCUCAAGCCUGGCGCUCCACUCAGGACAAAACUCAACCCCAAGAAAGCGCGAGCUUAUGGGCCAGGUAUUGAGCCACAAGGUAACGUAGUCCUAAAGCCUGCAGAAUUCACAGUGGAGACAAUCAAUGCUGGUCUUGGAGAGGUCCUGGUGUUUGUGGAAGAUCCUGAAGGCCACACUGAAGAGGCACGAGUGGUUGCAAACAACGACAAGAACCGCACUUACUCUGUCUCCUACAUACCCAAAGUUGCUGGACUUCAUAAGGUAACAGUUUUAUUUGCUGGGCAGCAAAUUGACAAAAGCCCUUUCAAAGUCCAGAUUGGCAUGGCUCUGGGUGAUGCGAACAAGGUGACCGCUCAAGGUCCUGGUCUGGAGCUGAAUGGGAAUGUGGCCAACAAGCCAACCUACUUCGACAUUUACACUGCAGGUGCUGGAUCAGGAGAUGUUGGCGUUGUCAUUGUUGAUCCCCAAGGCCGGCGGGAUACGGUGGAAGUGAUUCUGGAGAAUAAAGGAGACAAUGUUUACCGCUGCACUUACAGACCUCUACUCGAAGGUCCUCACACCGUCCAUGUGACUUUUGCUGGAGCCCCAAUACCCAAGAGCCCCUUCACUGUGAACAUCUCAGAAGGAUCCCCCUCACUGGCCCCGGCUACUACACCAGCUCCAAUUAUGAUUGUUCCUCAGUCCAUCCGCACCCCGCCGGCAGAGAAGGCGAAGAAAGCGCCACCCCCUCCUCCCAAACCCAAACGACCACCGUGCAAUCCCAACGCAUGUCGAGCCUCGGGGAGAGGUCUGCAGCCCAAAGGAGUACGAGUGAAGGAGGUGACCGACUUCAAAGUCUUCACCAAAGGAGCUGGCACUGGAGAGCUGAAGGUUGUCAUCAAAGGACCCAAGGGCACAGAGGAGCCUGUGAAGGUCCGCGAUGUUGGUGACGGUGUCUACGAAUGUGAAUAUCAUCCGAUGGUUGGAGGCAAAUAUGUGGUGACCAUCACCUGGGGUGGUUAUGCUAUUCCAAGAAGCCCGUUUGAAGUGCAAGUUGGACCUGAGGCUGGAGCUCAGAAGGUGCGAGCCUGGGGACCAGGACUGGAGACCGGUGUGGUGGGAAAGUCAGCAGAUUUUGUCGUGGAGGCAAUUGGCACUGAAGUUGGGACACUAGGCUUCUCCAUUGAAGGUCCAUCGCAGGCGAAGAUCGAGUGCGAUGAUAAAGGGGACGGCUCAUGUGACGUGCGAUACUGGCCUACUGAGCCCGGUGACUAUGCAGUGCACGUGAUUUGUGAUGAUGAAGAUAUUAAGGAUAGUCCCUUCAUGGCUCACAUCCUGCCAGCAAACAAUGACAGCUUCCCAGAGAAGGUGAAGGCUUUCGGCCCGGGCCUGGAACCAACAGGCUGUAUUGUCAACAAGCCAGCUGAGUUUACAAUUGAUGCUCGAGCUGCUGGCAAGGGAGAGCUCAAGAUCUAUGCACAGGAUGCGGAAGGUAUUCCCAUUGACAUUCAAAUCAAAGAUAACCGGGACAACACGUUCUUCUGUGUGUACGUGCCACAGAAGCCCAUCAAACACACCAUCAUCAUCAGCUGGGGCUCUGUCAAUGUCCCAAACAGUCCUUUCAGAGUAUCUGUGGGUGAAGGCUGUCACCCAGACAAGGUGAAGGUUUAUGGACCAGGAGUGGAGAAAACUGGACUUAAGGCUAAUGAGCCCACUUACUUUACGGUGGACUGCAGUGAGGCUGGACAGGGUGAUGUAAGCAUUGGCAUUAAGUGUGCGCCAGGGGUUGUGGGACCAGCCGAGGCUGACAUCGACUUCGACAUAAUUAAGAAUGACAACGAUACCUUCACAGUGAAGUACACGCCCCCAGGCGCUGGGCGUUACACCAUCAUGGUGCUGUUCGCUGACCAGGAGAUUCCCAUCAGCCCAUUCCACAUUAAAGUGGAGCCGUCACAUGAUGCUGGAAAAGUCAAGGCUGAAGGCCCCGGACUGAGCCGGACUGGUGUCGAGGUCGGGAAGCCCACUCACUUCACCGUCUACACCAAAGGGGCAGGCAAAGCCAGUCUGGACGUACAAUUCUCCGGAGCAGCCAAGGGGGAGGCUGUUCGUGACUUUGAGAUCAUCGAUAACCACGACUACUCCUACACUGUGAAAUACACCGCUGUGCAGCAGGGUAACAUGUUGGUGACGGUAACCUACGGUGGCGACCAGGUUCCGAAGAGUCCGUUCACGGUUAAUGUGGCUCCACCUCUUGAUAUGAAUAAGGUCAAAGUUCAGGGACUGAACAACAAGGUUGACGUGGGGAAGGAUCAGGAAUUCAGUGUCAACACACGAGGCGCAGGGGGACAGGGGAAGGUUGAUGUUAAGAUCACGUCUCCAUCCCGUCGCCCCAUCCCGUGCAAAGUGGAGACAGGACCCACCAGUGACAUUUACUCAGUUAAGUAUAUGCCGCCUGAGGAGGGACCAUACAAGGUGGACGUCGGCUACGAUGGACAUCCAGUUCCUGGAAGCCCCUUCACCGUGGAAGGAGUCAUGCCUCCUGACCCCACCAAGGUUCGUGCCUAUGGGCCAGGUCUGAAGGGAGGUGUGGUUGGGAAACCAGCUCCCUUUGCCAUUGACACCAAGGGUGCUGGCACUGGUGGUCUUGGGUUGACUGUGGAAGGUCCGUGUGAAGCUAAAAUUGAGUGCCAGGACAAUGGGGACGGCUCCUGCUCUGUCUCCUACCUGCCAACGGAGCCAGGUGAAUAUACAGUCAACAUCCUGUUUGCCGAGGCCCAUAUCCCAGGGUCCCCCUUCAAGGCGGACAUCAAACCGGUCUUUGACCCAAGCAAGGUCACGGCCAGUGGGCCGGGGCUGGAGCGCGGCAAGGUUGGCGAGGCUGGAACGUUCACUGUGGAUUGCUCCAAGGCCGGGGAGGCUGAUCUGACUAUUGAGAUCAUCUCGGAGACUGGCGUCAAGGCCGAGGUCCACAUUCAGAACAACAGCGACGGGACCUAUACCAUCACCUACAUCCCGGCGUUCCACGGCAUGUACACCAUCACCAUCAAAUAUGGCGGGCAUGCAGUGCCCAAAUUCCCAGCUCGCGUCAGGGUCGAUCCAGCGAUUGAUACAGCGGCGGUGAAGGUGUUCGGACCAGGAAUAGAACCUCGUGGGGUGCUCAGAGAGGUCACUACGGAGUUCACUGUGGACUGUCGAGCUAUUAAUAAAACUGGUGGGAACCAUGUCAAGAUUCGUAUAGUUAAUCCUUCUGGGGCCAUGACUGACAGUUUUAUCAAGGAUAAAGGUGAUGGAACCUACCAUGUGGAAUAUACAGCCUAUGAAGAUGGAAUGCACAUGAUUGAAGUGCUGUACGAUGAUGUCCCAAUCCCCAAGAGUCCGUUCAGGGUUGGAGUCACUGAGGGCUGUGACCCCAGCCGUGUCCGGGCAUAUGGGCCAGGCCUGGAAGGAGGUCUAGUCAACAAACCUAACCGGUUCACAGUGGAAACCAGGGGUGCAGGCACUGGAGGCCUGGGACUAGCUAUUGAGGGCCCAUCUGAGGCGAAAAUGUCCUGUAAGGACAACAAGGACGGCAGCUGCAGCGUUGAGUAUAUCCCCUUCACUCCUGGAGACUACGAUGUCAACAUAACCUUUGGGGGGCACCCCAUUCCAGGAAGUCCUUUCCGUGUGCCCGUGAAGGAGUUGGUCGAUCCAAGCAAAGUGAAGUGCAUGGGCCCUGGGUUGGGCACCGGCGUGCGGGCACUUGUACCUCAGACGUUUACGGUCGACUGCAGCAAAGCUGGGCUCGCACCACUCGAAGUGCUGGUCCUCCGGCCCACAGGUGUAUCGGAGCCAACGAAAGUCAUUGAUAAGGGAGAUGGAACGCACACUGUUCAUUACACCCCAACCACAGACGGCCCCUUCACUGUCUCUGUUAAAUAUGCAGACCAGGAGGUUCCACGCAGUCCUUUCAAGAUCAAGGUUCUGCCAACUCACGAUGCCAGCAAGGUGCGAGCAAGCGGGCCAGGGCUGAACGCCUCUGGAGUGCCAGCUAGCCUCCCUGUCGAGUUCACUAUCGAUGCCAGGGAUGCUGGUGAAGGACUGCUCACCGUCCAGAUCAUUGACCCAGAAGGCAAACCAAAGAAAGCUAACAUCCGUGAUAAUGGAGAUGGAACAUACACAGUGUCUUAUGUCCCUGAUAUGACUGGGCACUACACCAUUACUAUCAAAUAUGGAGGAGAUGAAAUCCCCUAUUCGCCAUAUCGAAUCCACGCCAUUCCAUCUGGAGAUGCCAGCAAGUGUCUGGUAACAGUGUCCAUCGGCGGCCAUGGACUAGGGGCCGGACUUGGUCCAACUAUCCAGAUUGGCCAGGAGACGGUCAUAACCGUGGAUGCCAAGGCAGCUGGCAAAGGGAAGGUCACGUGCAAGGUGUCGACCCCUGAUGGAGCUGAGCUGGAUGUUGAUGUGGUCGAAAAUCAAGAUGGAACAUUUGACAUUUAUUACACGGCACCAGAACCAGGCAAAUAUGUCAUUACCAUCCGCUUUGGCGGAGAACUCGUCCCGAACAGCCCAUUCCAUGUGGUGGCUUGCGAUGCCAUCCCUAUCAUUGAGGAGCCCUGUGAUACCCUGCAGCUACACCAGCCCUACGUGCCUUGCCGUGCUGGCUAUCCACUACACUGGGCCACUGAAGAGUCUGUUGUCCCUACCGAUGUAAUGGAACAUGGUCUUCGCCCAUUCAACCUGGUCAUUCCCUUCACUGUCCAGAAGGGAGAAAUCACAGGUGAAGUCCGGAUGCCAUCUGGUAAAACUGGCCGCCCACACAUAACUGACAACAAGGAUGGGACUGUCACAGUAAAAUACGCUCCCAUCGAGAAGGGUCUGCAUGAGAUGGACAUCAAGUAUGAUGGGAAUCAUAUCCCAGGUAGCCCAUUGCAGUUCUAUGUGGAUGCCAUUAACAGUGGUCAUGUGACUGCAUUUGGACCUGGUCUGAGCCAUGGGAUGGUGAACAAGCCUGCAACGUUCACCAUUGUCACCAAGGAUGCAGGAGAAGGUGGCCUGUCCCUUGCUGUGGAAGGUCCCUCUAAAGCUGAAAUCACAUGUAAAGACAACAAGGAUGGGACUUGCACGGUGUCAUACCUGCCCACUGCCCCCGGAGAUUACAAUAUUAUUGUUCGAUUUGAUGAUAAGCACAUUGCUGGGAGUCCCUUCACAGCCAAGAUCACAGGUGAUGACUCGAUGAGGACUUCUCAACUCAAUGUUGGCACAUCAACCGAAGUCUCACUGAAGAUUACAGAGACAGACCUCAGUCUGCUGAAUGCCAGCAUCAAAGCCCCAUCGGGGAAUGAGGAGCCCUGCUUGCUAAAGAGGCUGCCAAACAGGCACAUUGGUAUUUCGUUCACCCCGAAGGAGGUGGGAGAGCACGUGGUGAGUGUGAAGAAAAAUAACCGUCAUGUCACAAACAGCCCCUUCAAGAUCAUGGUGGGGGCCUCUGAGAUUGGGGAUGCCUCCAAAGUGAAGGUUUCUGGGAAAGGCCUGGUGGAGGGUCGAACAUUUGAGGUGUCAGAAUUCAUCGUGGAUACAAGAGGUGCAGGUUACGGAGGGCUCGGUCUGUCCAUUGAAGGUCCCAGCAAAGUUGACAUCAACUGUGAGGAUCAGGAGGACGGAACUUGCAAAGUCACGUACUGCCCAACUGAGCCAGGCAACUACAUUAUCAACAUUAAAUUUGCUGACCGGCAUGUGCCAGGAAGUCCUUUCACUGUGAAGAUGACUGGUGAAGGAAGAAUUAAAGAGAGUAUCACAAGAAGACGACAGGCACCCUCCAUAGCAACUGUGGGUAGCACCUGUGACCUGAAUCUGAAGAUUCCAGGAAACUGGUUCCAGAUGGUGUCUGCACAGGAGCGUCUGACCAGGACCUUCACACGCAGCAGCCACACCUACACACGUACGGAACGGACUGAGAUCAGUAAAACGCGUGGUGGGGAAACUAAGAGAGAAGUUAGAGUGGAGGAAUCUACACAAGUUGGAGGGGACCCUUUCCACAACGUCUUUGGAGAGUUCAUGGGCCGUGAAAGCCUGGGCACCUUUGCCAGUAUCCCAAGAGGUGAAGUGGAAGUUGGAGCUAAGGAGAUGACAGCACAGGUCACCAGCCCCUCUGGGAAGAUGGCUGAUGCAGAAAUUAUUGAGGGGGAGGACAGCACUUACAGUGUGCGGUUCAUACCACAAGAGAUGGGCUCUCAUACCGUCAACGUUAAGUACCGAGGCCAACAUGUUCCUGGCAGUCCCUUCCAGUUCACAGUGGGGCCGCUGGGUGAGGGAGGAUCGCACAAGGUUCGAGCCGGGGGUUCUGGUUUGGAACGUGGUAUUGCUGCAGUGCCUGCUGAAUUCAGUAUCUGGACCCGUGAGGCUGGAGCUGGUGGUCUUUCCAUUGCUGUGGAAGGUCCAAGCAAAGCAGAGAUCUCAUUUGAAGAUCGCAAGGACGGCUCAUGUGGUGUUUCCUACAUUGUACAGGAACCUGGUGACUAUGAGGUAUCCAUCAAGUUCAAUGAUGAGCAUAUCCCAGACUCCCCAUUUAUCGUUCCGAUUGCUUCACCCUCGGACGCUGCCCGCAGACUCACCGUUACCAGUCUCCAGGAAUCGGGGUUAAAGGUCAACCAACAAGCCUCAUUUGCAGUCCAGCUGAACGGAGCAAGAGGAGUGAUCGACGCAAAAGUUCGGACCCCCUCUGGGGCUGUCGAGGAGUGUUACAUGUCAGAGCUGGACAGCGAUAAUUUGGCAAUCCGCUUCAUACCACGUGAAAACGGCGUCCACUCAAUCGAUGUCAAGUUCAACUCCUGCCAUAUCCCAGGCAGCCCCUUCAGGAUCCGAGUGGGAGAGCCGGGGCAGACUGGGGACCCUGGCUUGGUAUCUGCCUACGGCCCAGGACUGGAGGGAGGUGUCACAGGAGUGCCCUCAGAGUUUAUUGUCAAUACAUGUAAUGCUGGGGCUGGUGCUCUUUCUGUAACCAUCGAUGGCCCGUCCAAAGUGAAGAUGGACUGCCAAGAGGGUCCUGAAGGUUAUAAGGUAAUCUACACCCCAAUGGCCCCCGGGAACUAUCUGAUCUCCAUCAAAUACGGUGGACCUCAACAUAUUGUUGGCAGUCCAUUCAAGGCCAAGGUCACAGGUGUCCGUCUGUCUGGGGGCCAUAGUUUACAUGAGACGUCCACUGUCCUAGUUGAAACUGUUACCAAGUCGUCCACAGUUGCUGGGUAUGGACCAAUGCCCAAGUUUGCAUCUGAUGCCAGCAAAGUGGUAGCUCGAGGGCCUGGCCUGACCAAGGCUUUUAUUGGGCAGAAGAACAACUUCACUGUGGAUUGCAGCAAAGCAGGAACCAACAUGUUGAUGGUGGGAGUGCAUGGCCCGAAGGCUCCCUGUGAGGAGGUUUACGUGAAGCACAUGGGCAACCGGGUUUACAACGUCACAUACACUGUGAAGGAGAAGGGUGACUACAUUCUGAUCGUGAAGUGGGGAGAUGAGUGUGUGCCCGGCAGCCCGUUUCAUGCUACUGUCCCCUGAAUGACUGAUUGGUCGUCUAGAGGAACCUUCGUUGCAUCUCAGAGGAUCUGAACUGUCAAUGUUUUGUAGAAAAAACAAAAAAAAAACUAACUUAAAAACCAAAGUUGCCCAUUCGGGUGGGUUAUUUGGGGAGGUGGGUGGUGGGGAGGGUUUCUCUGGGCAAACACUCUAGACAACUGAUUUUUAGAAGCUGCCUGAAUUUACCAAGACAAUCCGCCAUUCCUCCUUGGUCAAGCGUUUCUCAAAUAACACUGAAAGAAACUGUUUUGGAGAGUGUUGAAAUGAACCAAUAUUGGCUGCAUGCCUGACUGCUUCACUUUCACAUCAACCUUCUGCUCUUCCCAAAGCAAGACACCCACAAACUUCUGAUUUCAAGAAGUAUAUUGCCACCCUCCUUGGCUGAUUUGACCCAGUGCUGUGAUUGGGAAAGGUUGACAGUGGGGUGGAAAUGGGUUAUUAAAUUGUCCCAAUAUACUUGAGUUGGUUCAGUAAUAAUUCACUUUCUGCUUGCUCAUCUUCUCCCACCUGUCCCGUGUCCCUCCUGCUCCCUUUCACUAUCUAUCAGCUCUCCAAUUUCUCCAUUCACUUGUUGCCUUGACCAGAUAUUGCACUGACAGUUUGGAGCAAGUGGUGAUUUCUGCUGUACUCGUGGAACUGAGCUCAACAGCACAUGAUAUGCCCUUGGACUUGUGGGUUACAGUGUCUGGAGUUGUUACCCAGUCUGUUUUAAGAGAACUGUUUGUAUGAAAAUGACGGGCUUUGUGUUUGGUACAUUUACCCAUGUCUGGCAAGAAUAAUAAAAUACACCUGCUAAAAUGCUAUUGUCACCUUCUUCUCAUGUUAUUUAUUAUUCCCGUAUACUGUUUACUCUGAGCUUCACAGAAGCAAACUAUUUCAUUGCACCGCACCCUGGUGGAGAAGACAAACUAAUCUGAAUCUUAAAUUCAAUGGGGUAUCCAGGAAGAUUAUUAGUCCAAACGCUGAUUUGAUUCUUAUAGUUUGACUUCAACCAUCUCAGUUUGAAGGAAUCCUUUCAGCCAUGACUUCUGUUGCCUGCUGUACUAUCUGCAUGGUGUCCUUCAUCAAAUGUUUCAAAUAGAGUAAAUGCAUCUGAGUCCAUUGCUACUGCAGGUAGAGUGCCCCAAGUUCUUGACUACCGUGUGUAAAUGGCACCUUUUCUCUUCAGGUUCCUCCUUAAAAUUGUCCUCUCUCUUUAAACUGUUGCACACUUGUUUUUUGAUACCCGUCCCAAGGGGGAGAGGUUCUAAG